AAGCCAAGGCCAAAGGAGCUCGGACAAGAUGGCGGCGACCAAGAGGAAGCGGCGUGGAGGCUUGGCCGUUCAGGCGAAAAAACCAAAAAGGAACGAAAAAGAUGCCAAGCAGCCAGCGAAGCUGCGCGACGUGGCAGAAGAGGUGGAGGAAGAGGAGAGAAAUCGUAUCCCAGGCCCCGUUUGCAAGGGCAAGUGGAAAAACAAGGAACGGAUUCUUAUCUUUUCUUCCAGAGGAAUAAAUUUCAGAACAAGACAUUUAAUGCAAGACUUGAGGAUGUUGAUGCCUCAUUCUAAAGCAGAUACAAAAAUGGAUCGCAAAGACAAGCUCUUUGUCAUUAAUGAGGUUUGUGAAAUGAAAAACUGCAAUAAAUGUAUCUAUUUUGAAGCUAAGAAAAAACAGGAUCUCUAUAUGUGGCUUUCAAAUUCACCUCACGGACCAUCUGCUAAAUUCCUUGUUCAAAAUAUUCAUACCCUAGCUGAGCUAAAGAUGACUGGAAACUGUUUGAAAGGUUCCCGGCCCCUUUUGUCUUUUGACCCUGCUUUUGAUGAAUUACCACAUUAUGCUUUGUUAAAAGAACUCUUAAUUCAGAUCUUCAGUACACCACGGUAUCAUCCCAAAAGCCAGCCGUUUGUGGACCAUGUGUUUACUUUUACCAUUUUGGAUAAUAGGAUAUGGUUUCGGAACUUUCAGAUCAUAGAAGAAGAUGCUGCUCUUGUAGAAAUAGGACCUCGUUUCGUCUUAAAUCUGAUAAAGAUUUUCCAGGGAAGUUUUGGAGGACCCACUUUAUAUGAAAAUCCUCACUACCAGUCCCCAAACAUGCAUCGGCGUGUCAUAAGAUCCAUCACAGCUGCAAAAUACAAAGAGAAACAACAGGUGAAAGAAGCACAGAAAAUGAAAAAGAAAGAACCAAAGACUAUUCUUCCACAUGAUCCCACUGCAGAUGUGUUUGUUAUACCAGCUGAGGAAAAGCCAGUAGAAAUACAGUGGGUAAAACCAGAGCCGAAAGUCGAUUUGAAAGCAAGAAAGAAACGGAUUUACAAAAGGCAAAGAAAAUUGAAACAGAAGAUGAAAAGUGGGAAUGCAAAAUGAAUCAGUGGAUGACUAAUUUUCAGUAAUUUUGUAUUUAUUUUCUAUUCAAUGUGUAAAUACUUUUAUUAUCACUGACUACCUUAUACAUUAGUGUGGCAUUUAAGACAGUAAAAUCAAAUUAAAAUUUAUGGCUUCAGAGAUGUGUAUGCUAUUUCUAAAUAUCCCCAGAACUCAUUGGUUAAUUUCUGUUUUUCUUUUCAAAGCUUGUUUGGUAUUACUAAAAGUUUAGCACACUUAAAAUUUAGGCAUGCUUUCUUGGAUUAAAAUUUAGGAAUUAGCAAAGCUGAAAUUGGAACAGAUUUUUGGUCAUUAUUACUUGUAAAACAAUGCAUUAGGCACUUUGAGAGGUUAGUCUCAGAUGGCAAGUGCAGGCAGACUGGCAGGAAGGAAAGUAUCUUACUGAAGUUGGAGUUACUGAGUCCCCAGUUAAUGAGGCCUUGGUAAAGCCAAUCUCUGAUCUUGUUUUCUCACCUUAAGAAAUUGAGUACAAUAAAAAUUCGUAGGUUUUGAGAGAA